AUGGCGAUACUCACUGACGAUGCCGACUAUGAUGUCGACGAUACGUCUUUGAAUGUACCAUGUCCACGGUCCUACUCUGGAAAUGAUGAUGCAAACGAUGGACUCCGGACGAGUUGUGACUGUGCCAACGAUUCGCCUCUCACCGACGCUGCCGGCACAAUGUCUGGGAAUGUACCAAGUCAACGUUCCGACGCUGGAUAUCAUCAUAAAUCCUCGAGGACAGAAGAAACAGUAUUGGGCUGCUUUUGUUCCACAACGUCUUUCUGUCUCUCCGGCCAAGUUGUGAAAUCGAGUGAUAAGUUGUUUCCAACACAUCCUUUUUCAGAUCCCUUCUACUACUCCCAACUUUGCGUCUUGCCUUCCGGACUCACCCAGCCUCAGCCCAUUCCCGAGCAGCAAUAUUCACUUCCAUUCACUCACAUCCGCCUACCCUAUCCGUCACUAAGGCCCGCUUCGCCCGCGCUCAGUCUCGACACUUUGGCCACUUGCACUGCCACAUUCGUUCCCGUCUGUCGCGCAUUCACACCCGCUUCUUCGCCUCUCGACGACCACAUUGAAGCAAUUCUGCCCAAAUACCCAUGGCUCAACUCGACCUGUCCCACUUCAUCUCACAUCCUUGCUGCCAGCCCUCAGCCUCCCAUUUCGUCACGACCGUGUCAACUGCCCGUGUCUCUUGGCCUCAGCCCAAACAGUCCCAAGUCUCUAGUCACCUCUUCCACUUGGCAGACCCCUUCAGUCUCUUGGUCCGACGCCGCGCCAGAUCUGGCAAGUCACGACGAGGUGAUGCAGCAACUAGAGCUGCGGCGACGCCGGAUCUUUGCUGACAAUUUGAUGCUGCCUGGACUGGCAACACCUUGGCAGGGUCCCGUUGGCCCGACUGUUUCAUCUGUCCAUUUGGACGAUGUUGUCUGUCGGCAAAAGCAGUUGAAGGUGGAGAAUGAUGGAGAGAAGGAGGCGAGGAAAGAGGAGAACAUGUUGGUCUGCCAUGACGAGGAGGACAAUAAGGCUCCAUACGAAGACUUGGAUGCUGAAUACUCCCAGUAA